GAGGAUGAGAUCGUUCACAGUUCUAGUUCUGGCAACGGUUCUGCUGGUGGCAUCCGCCGCAUUCGUGCCGAGCACGAGCGAAGUUAAGUACGCAGACAAACAGUGGCUACACAAACAGGAGGAUCUGCUUCUGCUCUUCCGUCAUCUGUACCAGAAGGAUUGGAAUCCGCAGCUAGUGGCCUACGCAAAGAACUUCGCAGUGAAGAGUAGCUUUCAUCUAUACAACAAUGUGGAUGCUGUGAAAGAAUUUUGGACUUACUAUGAGCACGGUAUGCUACCGAAAGGAGAGGUGUUUUCCAUUUUCAACGAAGUGCAUCGUGAGCAAGCCGUCGCAUUGUUCCACUUGUUCUACUAUGCUAAAGAUUGGGAUACCUUCUAUAAGACUGCGGCGUGGGCUCGCUACUAUGUAAACGAAGAUAUGUUUGUCUAUGCACUGACCGUAGCGGUGACCCAUCGGGCAGAUAUGGCCGGAUUCAUCCUUCCAGCACCGUACGAGAUUUAUCCGUAUUACUUCGUUAACACUGAAGUUAUUCAACAGGCUCAACAGUACAAAAUGCAAGGAUACUACGGAAUGAAGAAGGUUGGCGAUGUGUAUACCAGUGUCAUCACGAGCAACUACACCGGCUGGUACAUCCACACUAAUCCCGAGCAGAAAAUUUCUUAUUUCACGGAAGAUAUCGGAUUAAACACCUACUAUUACUAUUUCCACGUUGAUUAUCCAUUUUGGCUGGGUGGAAAGGAGUUCGGAUUGUAUAAGGACCGUCGAGGUGAACUGCAUCUGUACGAGCAUCAGCAGAUUUUAGCACGCUACUAUCUUGAGCGCCUGUCCAAUGGUCUUGGUCAUAUUCCCGAGUUCUCUUGGUACUGGCCCAUAGAAACUGGAUUUUACCCCGAUCUACAGUACUACAAUGGUCACACUUUCCCGAGCCGUGACAACUAUCACGUCGUCAAUCAGGAAGAAACGUACCACGAAAUCCAAAUGGUCGAAGAUUAUGAACGUCGCAUUCGUGAUGUGGUUGACCGUGGCUUCCUGGUCCUGCCCGAUGGCAAGAAAAUCAAUUUCACCGAUCCUCUCGCCGUCGAUGACCUCGGAAAUCUUAUCCAAAGUAACCCCGAUAGCUAUGACAGUCGAUUCUACAAGUACCUAAGUAUGUUCUCGCGGAUCCUCAUGGGUGCUGCUGUUGUACCCGUUGAACCCUACCAGGUGAUCCCAAGUGCUCUGGAACACUUCGAGUCGUCUCUGCGGGAUCCCGUGUUCUACCAGAUUUACAAACGCAUAAUUCACUAUUACUAUCAGUUCAAAAAUCACCUGGCGCCGUAUACCUACGAAGAACUGUACUUCCCCGGUGUUAAGAUAGAUGACGUGUUCGUCGAUAAACUCGUUACAUAUUUCGACAAGUUCGAUCUGGAUAUUACCAACGCUAUCGAUAUCGAGCCAGAGCAUGACGUCGAAAAGAAGUACGAUGGAUUCGGGCAGAUCGAAUACAAACCAGAUCCGGUUGUUAUCAAAGCACGCACAGUUCGGCUGAACCACAAACCCUUCAACUACAAAAUGAGCGUCACCUCGGAAAAAGCCGUCAAAUCGGUCAUUCGAGUAUUCAUCGGCCCGAAAUACGACGAGUUUGGAUCAGUCUACCGUCUGAACGAAAAUCGUGAAAACUUCUACGAGUUGGAUUAUUUCGUGUACGAUCUAGUAACAGGUAAAAACGUUAUCACUCGUAACUCGCUCACUUUCAACGGAUACGUCAAAGAUCGCACUUCGUUCUACGAUCUCUACAAGCGAGUUAUGUUGAGCUACACCACGGAUGAGAAAUUCCCGCUCGAUAUGUCCGAAGCGCACUGCGGUUUCCCGAAUAGAUUGAUGCUACCGAAGGGCAACAAAGGUGGCAUGACGUUCCAGUUCUUCUUCAUCAUAUCUCCUUACUAUGAACCGAAAGUUGUGCAAUACACCGGUUUCGAUCCGGUGGUGUCCUGUGGAGUAGGUUCCGGUGCACGCUACUUUGAUAAAUUGCCUUUCGGAUACCCCUUGGAUCGCAAGAUUGACGAAACGUACUUCCACGUGCCGAACACGUUCUUCGAGGACGUGGUUGUUUUUCACAAAAAAGAAACUGAUGUCUACGUUGCCGUGUAAGUGACGAAGCACCUCCAGAAACCCUCCUCUUUUAGACAUUAAGUCUAUGAAUCUAGGUUUUCCACAGUAACCCUACCAACGUUAACUCAUGGGGAACCUAGGUUUGUCCAUACUUAUGUGAUACAGUUUGCAAUAAAAAAAUAUGAUCGAGUAAA